AUGCCGUCUUGCAGUUGGUACAACGAGUCCGUCUCACCUGUUGAUGAUGCAGUAUCAGAGCAGAUGGCCGUCUCCCUGCCUUCCAUUGAUACUUCGGAGUAUUCACUGCCAUGGAUGCAGCCUACGAAGGGGGUCUCUGGCUUCUCUACUCUCCUCCCCCUCUCCGUUCAGCCAUUCCUAGCUGAAAAGAAAGAGAAGCAUUACCAGUUUGCACAAGAAACUAGUCCGUCGAUCUCCAUGGAAAUCUACGGUGACCUCGAGGCCGGCUGCCUCAGCCAUUCCGUCUCUCCCAUCAAGCCGGCGUCCCCGCCGAGGAAGGCCGGGCCCGGCCGCCUCUUCUGCGACCCCUGCGACGACGCCGACCAGCUCCUCGGCCACCACCACUACCUGGACAUCUGCUUCAGCUGCCGGAAGCUCCUCGCCGGGAACAAAGACAUCUUCAUGUACAGAGGUGACACGCCCUUCUGUAGCGAGGAGUGCAGGCAGGAGCAGAUCGAGAUCGACGAGGCGAGGGAGAAGCGGUCGAGUCAGACGGGGAGGGCGGAGGAGCAGCGGCAGAGACAGCAGCAGAAGCAGAGCACCCCGAGGAUCCCGGUCUGGGCGUGGUAGCUGCUCUCCGGCGACCAAGCCGAACGUAGGAUUUUCAGCAGCAGUUGAUGAACAAAAGCUCGAUGAUGAGUUGGGCAGUCUAGAUCCAGCUGAGGGAAGCUUGGAUCGCCGGUUCGACGGGACGACCACCGCCAGCAGCAGGCGGCAAACCUGCUGCAUCUUAUGCUGUCUCUGAACCGCAGGGAUGGGUUCUCAUCCUUUUGAUCUCCGAAGAUGGAGACUAAGAGUUAAAUUUUGCGUGUGAAUUAUCGCUGGUUUUUUGUUCUUGUGUCGCGUAAGGUGUACCAUAGCCUGUCGAUAUGAAAAAAAGUGAGAGGCCUAACAAAAGCUCUCUCAGUUUUCUCA